CCCUGUGACGUCACAAUGCCCGGUCGAUUGUUGUGUCUGGGUUGAUCAGCUGAGCCGCGGCGAAGAGGAGGCCGAGCUAAGCGCAGCAGCCAUGAAGUUCCAGUACAAGGAGGACCACCCGUUCGAGUACCGGAAAAAAGAGGGGGAGAAAAUCCGAAAGAAAUACCCGGACCGGGUGCCGGUGAUAGUGGAGAAGGCCCCCAAAGCCAGAGUACCUGACCUAGAUAAGAGGAAGUACCUUGUCCCUUCUGAUCUCACAGUUGGCCAAUUUUACUUCUUGAUCCGAAAGCGAAUCCACCUGAGGCCGGAGGAUGCCCUGUUCUUCUUUGUCAACAAUACCAUCCCCCCCACCAGUGCUACUAUGGGUCAACUGUAUGAGGAUAACCACGAGGAAGAUUAUUUUCUUUAUGUGGCUUACAGCGAUGAAAGUGUCUAUGGAGAAUGAGCCCGCAUCUUUCAGGCCUCAGAAAUAUGAUGGACUGAAAAGGCUGCUGUUGGUGGGAUUUUGUGCUGGACAGUGAGGAGGAGGAGGAGGAGGAGGAGGAGGAACUGGACAACGAACCACAUACUUCACGCCAUCAUUUUGCCACACCUUUGUUGUUAUUACUAUUGUUUAAACAUGGGUGGAAAGACUGGGCCUUUUUGUGGCUGCCUGUUGAAUGGUGGAGGUGGGGGGACAGCCCAGCUUUGUGAAGGAAAGCUCUUUUGCCAGCCCUCCCCUCCCUUUUGGGCUCAUUGGGCCUUCCCUGAAUACCCACUAAAGGGGGGCAAGAUAAAGUCCCGUACCGAGAUUCUGGCUGCUCAUCAGAUUCAGGCUGCCAAAGGGAAUCUGAGGUAUUCUGAGCAAACUGAAAAACCCUGCCCAAGGGUCACUUCCCUCACCUCUUGUAAUUUGUCUUUUUUUUAAGGACCGGAAGUCUUCUCAUGCUUUCUCCUCCAGUGCAUAAAGGAGGUGGGGCAUCACUUCCAGUCUCCUGUAGCUUCUUCUGCCUGAGACUUGCCCUUUGGGCCUGGCUGCCCUCAUCCUUCCCCCUUGGUCCAGUUCACGAUACACUCAUAGCUGAACACAGAAGCAUGGGGAUCCCUGUUCAGAGAGGAAAACAAUAUGUGCAGAAUGGCUUCCUUGAUGAUUUGAAACUGGUCACAGCACGAUGACAAAUCCUCUUCUUCCAGGGUCUUAAUGAUUAAUGGGGUCUUGGGUGUGCAGGACAAUAAUACCUUCUGUCAAAGGGCGCGAGUGUUUUGUGUUACUAUCAUGUGUGGCUUCAUUACGUGUUCCUGUAGGGCAUCUCAAUACCUGAGCCCUGUGUCAUACUCAUUGACUCUGUUAGAAGAGGUGAUUCUGAGACCUAAAAGACUCCAUGGAAUGGGGGAAGAGUUGUCUUCCUUUCUUUCCCUUCUGCUGUGACUGGUUUCAUACCCUGGGCCAAACAAACCAACACUAAAACCCUUUUAUUGCCGUCGUUGGCACCUCACACAGCCCACUUAAACAGAGUAUUCUUCUUCCUCUCUUACUCCCCUCAUGGGAAUUGCAUUGCUUGCUUCAUCUGCACCGGCUGACGAAAUUCAGGACAUUUUCCGCUGAGGCUGAAAUACUGUAACCUAUUUCCCAGUUUUUAUGUAGUCUGGAGGCAUUUGUAAGAGAUGCUAAGAAGGAUGUGUGGAGUAUGUUAUCUGAGCACAUUAGGAGAAGAAUGGUGACCUCUACAUGGCUUGGAAUUUGGGAAACUGGCGAUGAGUUUCUGCUUCAAUCUGAGUCCCCCUCUUUCUUCUUUGGGCUGCCAUUCCAGUACCCACCACUUUAGGGAAAGGGAUGGUCUAGCAGAGCGUAUCUUCCCUCGUCAGAAUCACAGAAUUUAUGCAGGGAGAAAGGCGGACUAUAAAUGUCGUAAAUAAAAAUAAACGGCGGAACUUCAUUUGAGGCUGCAUUCAGACCUGCGGAGCCCAGGCUAGCAGGAGAAGACAUUAUGCCACUCCUGACUGGAAUGUGUGUGCCCACACUAAUGCCAAAGGCAAGACAGGUUGGCACCUGCACUGUGUUAUUCCUCACAAAUUUACUGUUGCUGUCCAGGCCCAACCUGGACAGCAGCCUUUUGGGGGCAACCUUGCUUCUCUUUCGGAUAUUAAGUCCCUUCCUCUCCUGAAGCCUACUUUCCUACUUUCACUUCUUCCUUUAAAUUUCAUUCCUCGAUCCUGUUUUCUGUUUGCUCAGCUUCCCUCCUUUUCCAGACUGGCAUCAAGUGUUAUGGUCCAAAUGCUGUGAAGCUGGGCAAGGCCAGGACUUUCCGUUUGGGUCCAAGCAUGCAGGGGCUGUUGUGCUCACCUGUCUGUUCCCUCACACUUGGGGGGAGGUAAGGGAUGCUGGAGCCAGAGCUUUAGUUGGGCUUGUGCUUACCACGUCUUUCCAGCUGCUGCUGCUGACAAAAGUAUUACAUUAAUUUUUAUUUUAACUGGACUGUGGCACUUCUCAUUUUUCCUCUUGUCUGAUUUUGUGCAAGGAUGUGUUGAUUAUUCUUUUCUGUGUCCUUAAUUCCAACAAGCUUCUGGUUCUUGUAAGAUAAAAGUCCAUGUUGCAUUGGCUCAAUCAAUAAACACUUGAGAAACAGA